CAGUCUACAAGUCCCCCUGGCACUAUUCUGGUCGAUUGAGAGACCUCCGCUCAGGCCUGAACCUCGGCCGCAGUUCUUCACUUUUGUUUAAUCCUACUAGGGAUUGGGUGGAGUGAGGAGAUCAACUAAUCCCAACGGAGGCCCCCAUUCCCUGCAACCGAAACGAGAGACAGCUGGCUGGUCACCGGAGAGACGAGAUGAACGUGUUCGUUCGAUUCGGUUUGACCGCUCUAUGCGUCUUCCUGCUCUCCGGUAGCUUCGCCGACGCCUACGAAGAGCAAUGGGGAUACGUGCAAGUGCGGGAGAAGGCUCAUAUGUUUUACUGGAGUUACCGGAGCCCACAACGCAGUGUUUCAUCCAUGGCCAGGCCAACCAUCCUCUGGCUGCAAGGCGGUCCGGGAGGGUCUGGAGUCGGCCGUGGCAACUUUCUGGAGAUCGGACCACUCGACGUCAACCUGCAGCCGCGCAACUCGACGUGGCUGCGGAAGGCUGAUCUCAUCUUCGUGGACUGCCCGGUGGGCGUCGGGUACAGCUACGUGGAGGACGCGAGCGCGCUGGCGACGACGGACGCUCAGGUGGCUGCAGACACCAUGGUGCUCCUCAAGAACAUCAGCGAGAGGAUACCCGCCCUGCAGAGCAGCCCGCUGUUCCUCGUCGGCGAGUCCUACGGCGGCAAGCUCGCCGCCAUGAUUGGCGUCUCCGUGGCAAGGGCCAUCCGUGCCGGCACCCUCAAUCUGAAGCUAGGCGGCGUUGUGCUUGGGAAUAGCUGGAUUUCGCCAGCCGAUUUCGCGGUCUCACACGCGCGUCUGCUGCACGACGUGUCGAGGUUGAACGACAUCGCUGUAGGCCCCGCCAACAGAAUGGCAGCAACGGUAAAGGAGAAGAUGGCAGUGGGACAAUUUGCGAUGGCACGGAAGACGUGGAUUGAUCUGCUUGAUCUGAUCGACUACCAUAGUAACAGCGUAAACAUGGAAAAUUUCUUGCUUGACACCAGCAUGAACCCUAUCUUGGAAAACCCGUCGUCACUGAGAAGCUCCCAAUUAAUGAGCCAAGUGUCUCCGGCCGCGAACACCAUUGAUGCCAUCAUGAAUGGUGUUAUCAAGAAAAAACUCAUGAUCAUCCCUAAGAACCUCAUUUGGCAAGAGGCGUCGAUUCAGGUCCAUGACGCACUGGCUAACACGUUUAUGAAGCCAGCGAUCAAUGAGGUUGAUGCGUUGCUAGCAUAUGGUGUGAAUGUGACCGUGUAUAAUGGACAGCUUGAUGUAAUCUGCCCGACGAUCGGCGUAGAAGCAUGGGUGAAGAAACUCAAAUGGGAUGGCCUGAAGAACUUCUUGAGCCUGCCAAGGGAUCCUUUGCGUUACCGUGACUCUUCGAAACACCUUUCGAGAGCCAUCGAGGCAUAUGUUAGAUCAUACAAGAGCUUAAAUUUCUACUGGAUCCUCUUGGCUGGACACAUGGUGCCUGUCGACCAGCGUGCUGUUGCAUUGGGAAUGAUCAGCAGCAUUAUCGAGUCACCAGACAACUAGGGUAGUAUCCAAUGUGAUAUAUGUGUGUAAUUAAAUUAGAGUAAAUAGCAGCAUGAGCACAGCUAGCUAUAUUCAUGGUAUUCACCUCAUCACCUGUAUGGACAACCUUGCCUAGUUGUUGGUUUGCAUCACCUUCGGUAAUGCGUGCACAUGAUGUCUCAUGGCUCCUAAACAAACAGUAGGCAACCAUGAGUACAGUGGCCCUUCUUUUCUUUUGCGUGCCACAGAAAGAGCAAGCAGGCAUGCACACAACACUUGGAAUAAAUCUCAUGGGCUACUAAUUUCAGUUUGUAGCUUUGUUCGUUGUAAUUAAUUACUAAUAAAUAUUUUAUUUUAUCUUGCAUCUGGAAUCGAAAUUUUAUUUCCUA